AUUCUAAUGUCGAUGCUUUUCACUCUGGGGCUCAUGUUCUUACAUGGGUCCGUCGCACAACAUGAUAGUGACCUUCUCUCCUUUGUCACUCUCCCCGAAGUCCGGGCCUUGAAAUUCCAAAUCGAACAUAUUGAUCGGGAACGACAGCAGCCGGGUUACUGGUUUGUGGCUCCUUAUGGCCAAAUUGAUCCUGAGGCGUCGACCCAUAGAUACACCCAGUACCAAGUUGGCCCUUAUAUCUAUGAUAAUGAGGGUAUGCUCAUCUGGGCCGGAUCCCCGAUGUAUGACAACCGCAAUGUCUUCGACUUCAAAGCGAAUUGGAAUAUCGACGAUCAGCCCCACCUGUCUUUCAUUCUGCAGCAUGACGACAUCGCCAAAGGAAGCGGAAUAAUCCUGAAUAACCACUACGAGGUCGAGCAUGAAGUGGGGGUGGUUAACGAUAUUCAGUUCUUCAACAUGCAUGAGUUUAAUAUCAUGGAUGGGGGUAAGACCGCGCUCGCCUGCGCCUAUCGGACCCAAACAAUCAGCCUUGCCGAUUUCGGCCGACCAAAUGAGGAAACCUGGGCACAGACCGGUGGAUUUGUCGAAUUGGAUAUCAACAGCGCUGGUGUUGUCUUUGAAUGGGACUCUCGGGAUCAAAUUGCAAUCCACGAAUCCGCAGUUUACCACCCAUGGGAUGCUCCGUUGAACGCCCCGGGUACGGACUAUGUGCAUAUCAACGCCGUCGAUAAAAACGAAGCCGGCGACUACAUUAUCUCCUUGCGGUUUACCAACACCAUCUAUAUGAUCUCCGGCGUCGAUGGUCAGAUUAUGUGGCGUCUGGGCGGAGAAGAAAGCGACUUCGAUAUGGAUUUCACAUUCCACAAGCAGCACGAUGUGAAAUUCAUCGAGUCGCAUGACACUCACCACAUCAUCUCGCUGAUGAACAACGGCGCGGACGAGGGCUUUGCCAACGAGCCCACAUCCUCAGCUCUUUAUAUCGACCUCGACACGACCACCAUGCAGGCUCGUUUGAUUCAGCGCAUCAAGCGACCAGACGGGGGCCUCACCCGUCUGCGCGGCAAUGUUCAGCAACUCCCGAACAAGAAUACGUUCGUCGGAUGGAGUCAAUGGGGCUAUCAUUCGGAGCACGCUCCCAACGGAGACCUGCUCAUGUGGGCUAAGUUCGCCUCCGAGCGAUUCUCCAGCUACCGAUCCUACAAAUUCGACUGGAUCGGCCGCCCUAAAAGCCCUCCCGACGUCGUCUCCUCCGUGUAUGGCACAAAUACCAAGGACGUCCUAACCAUCAUCCACGUUAGCUGGAACGGCGCCACAGAUAUCGCCCGAUGGAAUUUCUACGCUCGCGCCCGCGAGGAGGGCGAGAACGUCUUGAUCGGACACACCGAGAAAUCAGAUUUCGAGACUAUGUACCUAGCUGACGGGUACAUGGACUGGGUGUCUGCUGAAGCGGUUGACGCAGAAGGAUUUGUCCUAGGAAUCUCUCUUCUCCACCGAACCAACAGACCUGAUGAUUGGCACGCCGUCGGAUUUGAAGGAACAUCGCCAAGCCCCGAUGACCCCACCAUCCUCUAUCUCCAAGAAAAAGUGGAUGAAGUGGACAAGGUCGAUAACUCCAUCGCAGUCAAUGACUCUAAAGUGAUCGAUGACUCCAAAGCUGUUGAUGACUCCAAGACUUCCACCAACGCCAAGAUUAAAUCGGAUGAUGCCAUCUAUGCCGAAACAAAAGAAGUCGCCAAGGCCGUCUACAAGGCAUACGAUAUCCUGCGUGUAGUAGAAGGCUUCAUUGUUCUCAUCCUGCUCACUGGUAUUGUUGGUGUAGCUGUAUUAUUUGUGUGGAGGACUCUUCGUCGACGAAGGGUGCGCUCUUAUAAAAAUAUACCUUCUGAAGAGGGUGGGGAAGAAGGGGAGAAUAUCCCCGUUGAAGAACUUCCCUUAAAUCGGAAUUCGAAUGGGUGA